AUGGACGCAUUUUUAUGGCUAUUUCUUCUUUCAAUAACUAUGUUUAUUGGCUCUUUUUUGGCAGGGAGUAUUCCCUUAGCUUUUCAUUUAUCUGAAGAUAGACUACGGACUAUUUCAGCUUUUGGCAUCGGACUACUAGUUGGUGCUGCAUUGAUAGUAAUUAUACCCGAAGGUAUUGGAACUUUAUAUAGUGUUCCUACUACAAUCCCUGAAAUAAAUUCAAAUGAUUUCUCUCAAAAUAAGAUUAUAGAUAUUACGGGCGAUGAUAUGCUCGAUAAACGUAAUAAGAUAGAAUCAGAAGAUACCACAACUCCAACAAUUUCGGAUAAUACAACUCAUGUACAUUCUCACACUCGUGUUAGUGUUGUCAGUCUAACAGAACUUCGUUCAUUAUCUAGUGGAGGAGGAGGAGAUCGUGAAGAAGAUGAUCAUGAGAUAGUUGGUUCAUCAACUAUACAUAAAAAGCCAGCUUCUGCUACGAUCGGUCUUGUUAUACAUGCAGCAGCUGACGGAAUUGCUCUAGGAGCAUCUGCGAGUGAACCAGCACUUGAAAUAAUUGUUUUUCUUGCGAUUAUGUUACAUAAGGCACCAUCUGCUUUUGGGUUAUCUACUGUAUUAUUACGUGAAGGGUAUAACCGUAGACAAAUCCGUAAACACUUAUCAAUUUUCGCUUUAGCUGCUCCACUUUCUGCACUUUUGACAUAUUCCUUUUUACAAAGAAAUAGUGAAUUAGAUCCUAUUGGAAUGAAAUGGUGGACUGCGAUGUUAUUACUCUUUUCUGGAGGUACCUUUUUAUACGUAGCGAUGCAUGUGAUGCAAGACGUUACCAGUGGUAUAAAGGACUCAGGGAUUAGUGGAGGACAUAAUGUUAAUAAAUUAUCGAAAUCACAUGUUGGUUUCAUGUUAUUAGGAAUGUUUCUACCUUUACUAUUACAAUUUGAACACAGUCAUUAA